UAACUGCCUUGUAGUCUAUGAAUUUCUACAGCCAUGAUGAAGGAGUUGGUCUAGAUACGGUAUGUAUCUCCCAUAGGGUUAGAAGGACAGACAAUCAUAUACAUUCAACAUAUCAUCCCAAAUUAAACAUAUUGGUUUAGUGUUGGGGGGUUAUAUCUAUCCUUACAAUAGCAAAGUCUAUGGUUUGUGUUUAUUUUGUUCUGCGGCUGACGCAGGGGUGGUGGUGGUGGGGGGUGAUCAAUGUCACUUCUCGUGUCCCUGGAACUGGUUCCCCUCUCUCUCGCUCGCUCGCUCUCCCCUUCCCGUCAUCUCCGUUUCUCAUCGCCCGCCCCACCUACACCGUCUGCCCGUGGAUGAUCGGUGGCGGCGCCGAGUCUCGUCUUGCGUAGUCCCGCCCGUCGCCUGUGGACGGACAUUACUCGGCAUAAGAGACUUCAAUGGCGGCGUCACCGGAGGAUGAGAUAGACCGUCGGACGAUCCGGAGGGUCCGGUCCAAGAGCGAUACGCCCUACAUCACGGAGGCGCGUCUCUCCCUCCACCUGGAGACAGAGGAGAUGCCGCGGAAGAGGAGAGCGUUCUGCUUGCUUCGGAUGAAGUCCAAGAACCGCGGUGGUAGCGGCAAGCAACAACAGCAGCAAUCCGCUGCAAACAACAACAACAUGCCUUUCAUGAUCCACUGCCAGAUCGGGAAGGAGAUCAAGCACAUAUGCAGCAACUGCCGCGGUGCAACCCCGCAGGAUGUUGAAGAGGUGGAACGACUAGCAGCGAUGCGAUCUGAUUCACUGGUCCCUGGCACACACACCCCUCCGAUUCGGAGGCGGAGCAAGUUUGCCACUCUGGGACGUCUCUUCAAACCCUGGAAAUGGAGAAAGAAGAAGAGCGAGAAGUUCAAGCAGACCUCUGCUGUCCUGGAGCGCAAGAUGUCGACCCGACAGAGCAGAGAGGAGCUAAUCAAGAGAGGAGUGCUGAAAGACAUCUACGACAAAGAUGGGGCAAUAGUGACGAGAGGAGAGGAGGUAAAGAUGGAGAAUGGCCGGUCUCCAGCAUUAGGAGGGUCUGACCAGUGUGAUGGAGCUGAGCUGAUGGAUGGAGCGGGAUCAGCCCCAGCUACUGUGGAGUUCCAAGUGUCUGGAGAGGGUUGUCUACAAGACCACUCUCAGAAGCCCAGCCAAGCUCCACCCACUAAGAAGGUUAUGGUGUAUCCAGGUGACAUGGGCGGGGCAGAGUCUUCACAUCACACCAUAAAACAACCCAAACAGCCCCCAGCGCUACCGCCCAAACCCUUUAACAGGCUGCCCAAUCACAUCACAGAUGGUAUGCCGGUCAAGCUGCCCUGUGUGUCGAUGAAGCUGUCUCCACCUCUACCUCCUAAGAAGCUGAUGAUAUGUGUGCCUGUGAGUGCGGGGGGGAGCAUGGAGUCCUCGGCCCUCAACUUCCAGAAGUGUCCCCCGCCCUACCACCACGUGGGGUCCAUGGGGGGGCACUCCCUACACUACGGGACCCUCCCUGUGCCUCUGCACCCCCCCAGCCGCAUCAUUGAGGAACUCAACAAAACCCUGGCCCUCACUAUGCAGCGAUACGAGAGCUCGCUGCACCACGUGGUACCCACGGUGAUGAUAGGGUGUGAUGACAACAAAGAGAACCUCUCUAACGAGAAGGACUACCAAGAGAUUCCCGGUUCAUACAGAGACGAGGACGACGAAGAUGACGAGGAGGAGGAGGAGGAGGACGAGGAGGAUGAGGAGGAUGACAACGAAACGCUCUUCACAAGUACACUAGCUCUGAAGGUAUUGAGGAAGGACUCUUUGGCCAUUAAGAUCAGUAACCGUCCAUCUCAGAGAGAGCUGGAGGAAAAGAACAUCCUGCCCAGAUUGUCAGACCAAGAGAGGCUGGAGUCACGACAACAGAUAGGCACCAAGCUCACACGGAGGUUGAGUCAGCGGCCAACUACGGAAGAGCUGGAACAAAGAAACAUACUAAAGCCCCGCAAUGAGCUGGAGGAGCUGGAGGAGAUGAGAGAGCUCAAGAAACGCCUGUCCAGGAAGUUGAGUCAGAGGCCCACAGUGGAGGAGCUGAGGGAAGCUAAGAUACUGACCCGCUUCAGUGACUACGUGGAGGUGGCCGACGCUCAGGACUACGACAGGAGGGCAGACAAACCGUGGACACGACUCACGGCCGCUGACAAGGCUGCCAUUCGUAAAGAACUCAAUGAAUUUAAAAGCACAGAAAUGGAAGUGCAUGAGGGUAGUCGCCAUCUAACCAGGUUUCAUCGACCGUAGUUAUUUUGCCAUCUUUUACAAGAUCCUCAAGUGCUGGACCAGAAACUGCUGCCUCUGUGUACCACACCCCUCCAAUUCCAGACCAGAACACAACUCAACCAGAAACAGAGUAUACAGUGGUCGGAAACUUGACUGGAAACGUAAUCUAAAACCGGAGGAGUGUGUGUACAGAACUGGGCUGUAUACACUCCUUAAGGCUCCACUGUUGACCCAAAACAAGUGCCAAUCACUGGAAAGGGCAGACUGGAUAAACAACAACAGUAUGUUGUUCCUGUGGUUGUAGUGCGGUCACUGUGUUUGGUUGUGUUGGGCUUGGGGGAGCCUCAUGCACACGGAGAGACACAUGGAAGGCACCAGAAGGACUGACCCAAUGGCUUUAAAUGGAAAUUAUAUAGACUAAAACAUUUUGUUUAAAACAGCUUUUUAUUAUUGUUUGUAAUGAUGACGAUGGUAAAGGUGUGACUUUACGGCACUUUGGUAAUGAUGGUAUGCUAUGGAGGGUUUAUGGAACACUGCUCCUAUCUCUGUGCCAACAGGACUUUGGGAUUGUGGGUUUGGGAGGGCAGCUGUUAGAAAUCCUGAGAAAUCUCCAACAACUGAUUGGGAAGGGUUGUUGUUCCUGCCUUUUAAUACUUUUGGUACAUUAUUCAUUUUCUGGUUUUCCAUUGUGGGCUGCUGUUUUCAAUACAGCCGUUUUAACGUGAUAGUACUGCAGAACAGGAUUCUGUAUAGUGUUGCAGUACUUCUAACAAUACCGUACAUGGUAUGUGCAACUUCACAUCCUGAGAUAUAGAAAUGUGAACCUAGCAAUAAUUAAUAAUUUAUUUUCUCCAUUCCGCUCCUCCUGGGCUGCAUUCAAGUAAACAAACACUGGGAACGUUUCACUGCGCUACCUGCUAAAUACCAAAUACACUUUGAAACGAUGUCGUGACGUUUUGAUCUUGAAUGCAACCCAGAUCCAUAUCAAAGUUGGGAUUUCUGCCACCCUCUGUAGUGUCACUGUGCCUGUCGUAUUGUUUACAGCAGGGGUCUCCAACAGGUCCGCCUCAAGCUACUGGGAGCUCCAGGGCCAGUUCACGAGUUCGCGUGUGAAACAAUUCUGAACACACAUACCGUAAGGUUCCACGCAAACUGACAUCAACCAACCGAGGAUGAGACACCACAGGCCCCCAGGUACUAUCUAACCUAUGCAGCACUGACAGUAUCACAACUCUGUUUAGCGCUUAAUGGCUAAAGCAAUAUCCGUCGAUUCAUUUCCAGCAUGUCGCCCCUUUCUGUCUGUGAUGCGUGCAUUUUUGAUUAGCAAGUGUGUAUGACAACCACGUCUAGUGAGUUAGCAGAAAUACUUUAAACUUUCCCUCAAACCUUCUCGAGUCUAUGUAUUGAUAUACAAGAGUACAUCUCUUUAUUGCUUUUAUUUGUAUGAUAAAAAAGGAAUUACAAUAUUUUUUUUUAAAAAAGCUGUCAUUUUGAUGUGAUUUAAUCAUUGAAAAAUAUAUCCUAAGCCAUGUGAAAUGCAACAGAAUUCAGGAGGGGAAGAAACUUGACCUGGUAUAUAGACAGGAAACAUAGUGCAGUACUUUCUCUUGUGCACUAAGGACCUAGCAGAAUAGCUUAAGGAUAACAGAUGUGCCAAAUUUAAUGCAAAAUUUAGUAGCUUGCAAAGUCUUUCAAUAUUUAAGAUGCACUCAUGCCCGAUAAGGUUGGAGACCCUUGGACUUACAGGGAUGAAAACGUUGCCAAAUGUCCUUUGAGUUUAAAUGACCAUUGAAGUAUGUUGUCUAUAUUGUUUCAGCAGAGUACUAUGUGGACUGGCAAGUUAACAGCCGGCAGUUAUGGACUGAAAGUGGUCCAUUUCUCACUGUUCUCAAACAGGGAUUUCAUGGUUCUGUCGGGUCCAGCUUCAGUGGACAACUGACAUCAUAUAAACCUUUGGCUGUGAAUCAAAAUGCAGUACCACCUUUCUCUGGCACACUACAGCCAAACAUCUCAAAUCUUGUUCUUUUACAAUGAACAUAUGUAGUGUUUAUGGUUUAGCUGGAUAAACCCUUUGACUUGUGGUGUGCCCUGGUAGUGUGUGUGUGUGUGGGUGUAUACAGGAACAUGUUCAUAAGGCACAAAGCAAGAUACCGAUUUACAACAGCGUGCUCACUGAAAACAACCCAAGGUUGUGACUCUCUCCCUGUGCCUCUACUGUGUCCAAACUAAGAGGACAUUCUUUAUAAGGUGUGUACAUAAUCCAAACAAAACUAAGACUUAAAAUGUUUUUUUUUUCUUUUUGUACAGAGGGGAAACUGCAUGUGAUGAUUGUUAACUUAUUGUUCGUCUUAUGAUGUAUGCAGUUUCUUAUCUAAAGGAAACUUAUUAAAAAACAAGAACAUUUAAAACUGCUUUUUACUUGGCUUUCUCCAUUCCAUACAUGCCCACAUUUUCUGGCCACUGGUGGUUAAAGUGGUGCCGUCUAGCCAAAAAGGGUCCCCAAAUAAUGUCAUGUAAUAUUUCACAUUUGUGUCGGUUUGUGCGCCUUUUCAUCAAAACUCAAGUAUUAUAAUGAUUUUACUUACAGAUUAUGCACAUAACAUUAAUUAAUCAAGCCCAAAAUAGGCUUAAUUAUAUUCCAUAUCACAAGUCCCAGAAUGCAUCCUCAAGGUAAG